UCAGCGUCUGAGGGGCGCUUUAUUCAGUCCAUACCGCGGAUAUAGCACAGAGCCAGCACCUUUUUUGGUUUUCUUUUUAGCAAACGGUGCACGGAUGAGCAAGCACGUACCGGCCCGGUGACUAAUUGCCAUAAUAAGGCGCACAAGUUCGCCAGCGACUCGGCGCGUUUUUUUAUUAAUUUUUUUAUUUCUCCGUAUUACCAUGUAGCCAGUGCCGCAGCGGGGAGAUAAUCGGGCGGAGGGAGCAGUUACAGAGAGGAGACAGAGACGAGAGAGAGAGGGGGAGAAAGAGGGAGAGAGGGGAGCUCGCAGCACAUGAUCGCACAGGCUAUCCAGUCACUGAUCAACUGGAGCAUUCAUAAUUGCGCUGGCGACAACAUAUGGGAAUACAACAAGGCGAGAUUGUGGUCACACCUGCUUCUGGAGGACACCGGAGGACCGGUGCGGGCACUACAAAAAAAGAGAGAAAAAAGGGGCGGCCAAAUGCGAGGGACUUUGCAUCAAACAACCGAGAGAAAGCGUGGCAUCCGAAGCACCAUCCGGUAGAUUGAUGCUCCCCGUUUAGUGCUUGCGUGCUGUCGGACGGCGGCGAAGACAUGAAUAACUUGGCCCGUCCUAAACUUCGUGAGACCAGAAACACAGAAGCAAUCAGAGCUCGUUGCGCCGCCCACACUGGGUCAGAUUACAGCGACACAUCAGCCGCUCGCAGCGUGGAAGCCCCGUCAGGGUGCAGCAGCAGCCAGCCGCCUACACAGACGGGGUCCAGAUGGACAGGUUUACUGUUUUUGAUUUCCUUCCCUCCUCCUGCCACUGAGCCUCCCUCUCUUCAGGCUUUGUGCCUUGUGAAAUGAAGUGCGAUGAUCAAUUGCGCUGAACAUUUCUCAGAAGGUUCAAAAUGGAGUUCUGUGGCCCUGCUCUGCCGCCUGAAUUUCUUUUAACUCUCCUCUGUGCAGGAAGACAAAUGGCCGCCCCUUUAUGAAACAGCCUGAACAGAUCCGAAGCCAGUGGUGAGAACUGAUCGACAUCAGAGCCGAACAUAAAAAUACAGGAGAAAGAGCUGUUCCUGAAACGAGCGAGAAGGCACCCGACUUCAUGGGCUACAAGUCGACAAACGCCGGAGAAGACAUGGUUUGCAGACUUUGAGGGAAUCGUGUUGGGAAGAAUAGUGCAAAUGGUGCUGCAGCACCUCCUUUCCUGGCAACCCCACUUCAAAAAGGUGGAGGUCACAGGAUUCCAGCUCACUGCAACAAUUUGAGGAUUGACAACACAACUUGAAAAGAAAGACAGUGCUUAUGUUCACCAUAAUGGCACCUGUAGGUGUGGCUAAGCUGCGGGCCCGACUCUUUCUGCUGUUUCUUUGCUUGACACUACGUGCCGGCAUGCUUCAGUUCGCUACAGCCACGAUACAAGGGUACAUUGGGGACAGGGACAUGAUAUGCCCAUCUGUAUGCAGGUGCGAUGAGGACUUUAUCUACUGUAAUGAUCGUGGUCUGAGCUCCAUCCCUUCACUGCCUCCUUCGGCGUCCAUUCUCUACCUUCAAAACAACCAGAUAAACAACCCGGGUUUACCCACCUCCUUGGAGCGCCAGCUUACCGUCCGUGUGGUCUACCUGUAUGAUAAUGAACUGGAUGAAUUUCCUGUGCACCUGCCACCAUCCAUACGUGAACUGCAUUUGCAGGACAACAACAUACGCAUUAUUCCUCGUAGUGCGCUGGCUCGGAUGCCCUUGCUAGAGAAGCUCCACUUGGACGACAAUUCAGUUUCCACUGUCAGCAUUGAGGACCAGGCCUUUGCUGACAACCCACGGUUGCGCCUACUUUUUCUUUCACGCAACCACCUGUCAAGUAUCCCCUCAGGACUGCCUGCCUCACUGGAAGAACUCCGUCUGGAUGACAACCGAAUCUCCACUAUCCCGACCCACGCCUUCCGAGGCCUCGCCUCACUUAGAUGUCUUGUCCUGGAUGGGAACCUUUUGGCAAACCAGCGCAUUGCCGAUGACACAUUCUCCCGCCUUUCCAACUUAACCGAGUUGUCUCUAGUCCGUAACUCCCUCCAGACCCCACCUGUCAAUCUGCCCAGCGCCCAUCUGCAGCGCCUGUCACUACAGGAAAAUGCCCUGACUCAUAUGCCACGUGGUUCCUUGGAUGGCAUGCGCAGGCUGCUUAGGCUGGACCUGUCAGGAAACAACUUGACAACUCUGCCGAGGGGGCUGUUCAAAGACCUGGACAGCCUGGGCCAGCUGCUAGUGCGAGGCAAUCCAUGGCACUGUGGCUGCAACCUGCGUUGGCUGUAUGACUGGCUGCAUGCCCGCGGCAACUCCAUCACUGUCAGAGGUCUCACCUGCCAUGGGCCUGACAGGGUGCGAGACAUGGCUUUGAUAGACCUGACCAGCGAGAUGGAGGAGUGUGAGGUGGUGAGGACAGCAGGGACCAGAGACAGAGUGGGCGGCGGUGGAGUUGAUAGCUCCACUACUCACACCCCUCCACAGGGCUCUCUCUUCACCCUCCGCUCGAAGCGACCUGGUCUGGGGCUUCCUGACUCUGGCUUAGACUACACUCUUAGCAGCAGCGGUGUGGGGAAGAGCCUGGCCCUCAACGUAAAGCCUCUCUCUCACAACAGCGUCCGUGUUACCUGGAGCGUGGCCCAGCCCAGCUCCUCUUUCAGGCUAAGCUGGCUCCGACUGGGCACUGGGAACGGCAUGGGAUCAAUCACGGAGACUUUGGUCCGGGGCGACCGUCGAGAGUACCUUCUUACCUCCCUUCAACCACGCUCCAGCUACAUCAUCUGCAUGGUACCCCUCGCGGCCAGUUCUGAAAGCAAAGGGGUUAUUUCUGGAGAUCCUGAAUCUGAUGAAGCUCUCGUGUGUGCAAAAGCUGAAACAUCUGACCUCAUCCCUCUGGAGGAGAUAGAGGAUGAAGACUCAAAGCAGAUGACAGUCCUGCCCCUGGCAGGGAUUAUUGGUGGGGCUACCGCCAUUGUAUCAUUGGCUCUUAUUGUUGGCAUCUUUUGUUGGUAUGGACACAGGACUGGGCAUUUGUGCUCUCGUGACCACUACACUCGCAGCAACUCCCGAAAAAACAAGACCUAUGACGAUUACAUUGAGUCAGGCACCAAGAAGGACAAUACCAUCUUGGAGAUCCGUAGUCCUGGGUUCCAGAUGACGCCUAUGGCGGCUUGCCCACCAAUGCAGCCUAAGCCCCUACGAGAGGAUUACAUUAUUCAUACCAUAUUUCCCUCCAAUGGCACUGGCCUGUACAAAGGUGACAACCACGUUUCCAAUGCAGGACAUGGCACCAACCGCGGCUAUAGAGAAGGAGAAAUCCCAGAUAUAGACUACUGUUACACAUGAUGUACUGUACCAGAUCCUAUUCACAGUGUUAUUGGUAAGCUGUAUAGAUGCACAAUUUCCCUUCGCAUGGACACUUCUGAAGCACCCCUCUGUGCCUUCUUUUUCUGGUCUCCCAUUCCAAAAUACCUGCUGUUCACUGCACUGGAAGUACUGUAUGUGAUUAACUGGAACUGCAACCAUGUGAGAACAGUUCACUGCAGGAAGCAGCGACCAGUGCCCCAGGUGUAAAUGCACAGCUGACUGUUUCUUCCCCAUCUUAGUAAUGGCCUGUGUAUGUUUUCUUUUCUGCUCUUUCCUUGUGACAUGUAAGCAAAGAAUGUAUACACAGUGGAAAGGUCAAACUUAGCAUAGGUGCUAAGUUGAGAGUUCCUCUCUCACACACAGGAUCCACAACAGUCAAUUCAAAAUGGAUUAAGACUUAAUGAGAUGACAUUUUUGUUACUCUUUCCCUGCUCACCAAUCAUACACAUUAUGUAGUCUUAUCAAGUCAUUGUUCCAAAUGCCUCAACUAUAUUGAUGUGCCCUACCAGCUAUCCAAGGAAAGGGCUUUGUAAAGCUGUGAAUUGUUCUAUUUCAAACGACCCAAUAACCACUUGUCUUAAAGUAGGCUUGUUAUUACCUUAUUCAGUAGUUGGCAGGGUGAAGAUCUUAUCAUGGCUGGUCGGCCUUGGUUAUACCUCUCGAGAUCAUUCACCUAAGGUCAGUAUUGUAGUGUUGCAUCAGAUGAGAUGCAGCACAAGCGUGUAGAUAAUUUACUUAGAUACCGACUGGGCUGUGUUUGAAAAAUGCUUUGCUAUUUUUAUCCGUGGUUUGUUUCGUAAUCAAAUCCUGCACAGCUCAUUUCAUUUAUUUAUUUUUUUCCUUAUGUGAUGGUUUGUGAUUUUGUCUCUGUUAAAAUUGCUUUUUUUAAUUUUCACCCUUCCUGAUGAAACCCGGCUUUGAUGAAGGCAGUGGAAUUGUUUCAUCUAAACAACAAAAUACGGAAAGUGAAGAAAAUAUCCUGAAGGCUGCCUCCAGGUUCAUGUUUUCUUAAAUGAAGCAGAGUGGAUUCUUGAGUGAGGCUGUUUAUAAUAUAUAAUAUGAAAAAUUAGACCCCUCCCAAAGACUAGCAAGUCGGUCCACUGAGACAGUAGAGACGAACCUCAACCCCUCUUUUCCUAUUUUGUGCCUGUGUGCUUAGCCCGUGACUUCAGUUGGUGCAUACUGGUUACAAAAUGAUUCCUCCACGUGUUUAAAGGCGUUCACAGAGAAUCCAGACUGGACAAAUUACUAAUGCGGAGCUUCCCGUGUGAGGCAGACUCUUGUGAGUGAUCCUCGAAAUGAGGGCGAGAACUGUGGGUGAAACUGAGGAGAUUCAAACCGCAACACUGUUUACCUGCACUGUGGAGCAGUGGCCGAGCUGUGGGAGGGUGGAUGGACUGUCGGGGUAGUUUGAAGGUGGGGUGACUUCUCAGUGAGAUGAGUUCAUUGAUGUUUGCUUUAGCAAUAGUAAAA